AUGGAAGCUGCCAUCGCAGACGGUGUCAAUGUGUUAUCACUCUCUCUUGGAGGACAAGAGGAGCCUUACUUUGCAGACGAGAUAGCAAUCGGUGCUUUUCGAGCAAUCCAGAACGGGAUCAUUGUCAGCUGUGCCGCUGGCAAUGGAGGACCGUUCCAUGGUACGCUAUUAAAUACCGCACCAUGGAUUUUAACGGUGGGUGUGAGCACAAUUGAUCGCAGUUUUAGGUCUAUAGUUGUGCUUGGUAACAAUUCACAGUUUGAUGGUGUAUCAGUCCAUCAACCUAAGGUUCUUUCAAGGACAUUGAUACCCCUAGUACGUUCGGCAGCUAGAAAAUGUGCCCGUGGCACAUUGAACAAGACUUUUGUUGUUGGCAAGGUGGUAUUGUACGAAGCUGAUGAACCCUUCGAAACAUUUAAUUUGAGGCAGGGCAUAAGAGAUGCUGAUGGGGCAGCAAUGAUAGUGGUCAACGGAGACACAGACUUGUGUGCUACCUCACCUCAAGUUGAUGUGAUUCCCACUACUACAGUGAGUCUUGUUGUCGGGGAAGCGAUAAAGGAGUAUAUAAACUCUACAUUUGCACAUACUGCCAUGAUAGCAUUCGAAGGUGUCAGCAUUCUUGCUGCCUGGCCUUCCUUUGUGGACAACAGCAAAAAUUCAACUGCGUCAUUCAAGUUACAAUGUGGAACCUCAAUGUCAACACCUCACCUGAGUGGCAUUGCAGCCUUAAUACAAAGUUUGCAUCCCGAUUGGUCGCCUGCUGCCGUUAAAUCUGCUAUUAUGACCAGUGCUGACUUCUUGAACCAUGAUGGGAGCCUUAUCCUUGAUGAGAGGAUGCUUCUUGCAAAUUUAUUUGCAAUUGGUGCUGGCCAUGUAAAUCUGGCAAGAGUUGCUGACGCUGGAUUGGUUUAUGACAUCCAUCCUGAUGAUUAUCUUCAAUACUUGUGUGGUUUGAACUACACAGAUGAUCAGAUAGUGUUCAUUACGCAGCGCCGGAUCACAUGUGCGAAUAUUUACAGCAUCCCCGAAGCUGAACUCAAUUAUCCUUCAUUUUCUAUUCAGUUGGGGUCUGAUACUCAGACAUAUAGAAGAACGGCGAUGAAUGUGGACAAGACCUACUCAGUUUACAACAAUCUGAUCACAUCCAUCCCAAGGAUCGAUAUUGUCGUAUAUCCAACUGCCCUGCGGUUCACAAGAAUGAACCAAAAGAUUACAUAUCAGAUCAGCUUCAAAGAACAGACAGGUUCGAAAAUGCUACUUACAUGCAGGGCUCAUCGCCUGGAGCUCAAAGCAGCACUCUGUGAGAAGUCCCAUUUUGAUUAA